ACCGCCGCCAUUUGUCAUUUUUUUGGCAUGCGCGUACGGGGAUGCUACGAAAAUCGUGCUCUUGAGUGUUUUCUUACAUUACCGAGUUUUGAACUUUGUUUGUGAAUCGUGAAAACCCGUGUUUCUCUGUGAAAUACCAGUGCGUAUAUAUAUUUGUUGUGUUUUUGUGUUAAAAACAUUCAUCAUGAAUAAAACUUGCGCAAGGUGUGAGAAAACAGUUUAUCCGACUGAGGAAUUGAAAUGUUUGGACAAGGUAUGGCACAAAGGCUGUUUCAAAUGCCAGGAAUGUGGCAUGACUCUCAACAUGAGGACAUACAAAGGAUACGGGAAACUACCAUACUGCGAAGCACAUGUCCCGAAAGCGAAGCACACGACGAUGGCUGAAACUCCUGAACUGAAGAGAAUAGCUGAAAACACUAAGAUACAGAGCAACGUCAAGUACCACGCUGACUUUGAGAAGAGCAAGGGGAAAUUCACACAGGUUGCCGAUGACCCAGAAACCUUAAGAAUUAAAGCUAACACGAAGAUAAUCAGCAACGUAGCAUACCAUGGAGAACUGGAGAAGAAGGCUCAGAUGGAGAAACAGCGUCAGAUCAAUGAGAAUGGAGAAAUUGUUGAAGUGCCAUCGGACAACUAUCACCAACAAAUCGACAACUACGCCACGGAAAUGCUGCCCCCAAACAUACCGCCCCCAAAUCUGCCCCCGAAGAACCACUACCAGACCCCAGCAACCACAUACCACCCACCACCAGUGCAGCAACCAAUGCAGCAGCAGGUUGCUCACCAACCUUCGGGGCAUAAUAGACAGUAUCAAGAACAGUACUAUAAGCCUAAAGAGGAAUACUAUCCCCAGUACCAAGAAUAUCAGGGUCAAUAUUAUCAGCAAUAUCAGAAUUAUCCGGUGCAACAGCAGCAACAAAGUCAGCAACAGAAGAUUGGCAGGAUUCAGGACUAUGACCCGAUCAGUGACGGGCCUAGAGCGCCGCCGAACACGCAGAGGGCGUCUGCUACGCUUAUUUAUAAUAGCACUAGUGAUGGGAAACGAGGUUCCCACCAGCAAGUGCAGCAGCAACAACAGCAACAAAGCCGCCACAUCGGUCGCGUGACCGACCUCGACCCGCUGGCCAAUGAACUGCCUAGACAGCCUGCCAACCAUCACAACCAGCGAGUAUACAUCGCUAUGUACGACUACGAGGCGAGCGACAGCGAUGAGGUAUCAUUCCGCGAAGGCGACUUAAUUUCCAACGUAACAUCGAUCGAUUCCGGCUGGAUGACCGGGCAGGUACUACGCACGGGCCGCACUGGCAUGCUCCCCGCUAACUACGUCGAACUAGCGCCCUCUAACGCCGUCCCACAACACUACGACAACUGACCGGGUCACUGACCUCACAACCGAAGCACUUGGUUGCUGCAUGCCAGGUGACCCGCAGCGUUUGGUUGCCGAUAACCAAAUGGGAUAAAAAAUAUGUUAUUACUGAAAUUAAGUAGUGGUACGACUAUUUAUUAUUUUUUAUGUGUAUUUUUAUGCUAUUUUAAGUAGCAUUAGGUUGUGCUUCAAAUAGUGGAAGUUAGAGGUUGUUUUACUAAAAAUUUCAUAGGUUGGUCAACCAAUACAUUUUUGGCGGUGAUUUUUCAAUCAUCGUAAGUUCGAUAGCUUGGCAACCAAAUGCUACAAAAAGGUUAACCAAUUUCUGACUGGUUGAGCCGAUCACAAUAUAAAGUGAUUUCAUAGAUUUUUUUGAAUAGAAUGUGCCUCGAAAUUAUCAUGAAUUUGACUGGUAUAAGUAACUUUUUGUAAUUUGAAAAUGCACUUUUUGGCACUCUUCAAACGCGCGUUUUAAAUGUAUACCAAUUUUAUCUUCUACAAAUGUAGAUUUUAACUUUUACUAUUAUAUUCGACAGCAAAUAAAAUCAUAAGCAAUGGCUGGACCAAUUUUGAUAAUAUCAAACUUUUGGAUAAAAUUUUCACGAAAAUCGAUAAAUUCGUAGCUUUUUAUGUAAUUGCCACUAACGUUACAUUUUGUAGAUUUUUUUAUGUAUAAAUAUUAAGAAUAUAAAAUAUAACUUUUUGCGAAAUUUAUUUAUAAUAUUAAGAUUUUAAAAAUAUAUAUAUUUGUUACCUCUUUUAAAAAGUUUCUUACAAUAAUUCAAAAUCAUACUCAAAACUUAUUUUUGAGAGGUGGCGAAAAUAUAUAAAAAUAUUUUAAAUUAAAUAAACUUCUUUUCAGUAUAUUAAAAAAAGCUUAUAUAUUUGAUACGCAUGCAUAUUUAAGUCGGAAUCUUAUGACUGAAUUUUAAAUAAAAAUAAUUUAAAAAGGCUGGAUUUCUAUAAACUAUAUCAAGGCCUUAAUUUUCUAUAAAUAUAAGAAUUAAAUGUAUGAAAACCCUGAAAAAACCUUAGCUACUUAACACAUUCUUUGAAAACAUAUUCCAGAUUUAUUUAAAUACUUUUCUCGUAUUUAGAACUUACAAUAUAUAUAUUUUUUGAUACAUAGUCUGAACUCAUAUAGAAAGUUAUUUAAGCGAACAAAUUCUGUCUAUUUAAGCAUUUAGUAUUCAUUCCACUUUUUAAGUUAUAAUUUUUCCUUUACAGUGUUUUAAUGUGGUCAUUGGUAUUUUACAUUUAAGCGUAUUCUUAUGACCCUCUUUUGGGCGUUAAAAAAACCUUAUUUUAUGUCAAUGCAACUGUAAAACAGAGAUAGGAAAAUACUUGAGUCACACACAUUGAUAUCAUAUCUUAUGAAGAACUAACAAAAUAUGAAAUAUUGUUAUACUUUAACUAAGUAAUAUUAACAUUAAAAGUACCUGGCUGUUUGGCAGGUCAAAAGCUUGUAAAUACACAUGUUAGACUAACAAUAUAUUAAUAUGAGUUUAUUCAAUAAGGGUGAGAUGCACUAUUUAACUAUAACGAUAACCAAACCAUAACCAGCCGUAUACUUGCCGCCCAUUGGUCACAUCGGUGGUUUGACGAAUGAAAAUGGUUCGGUUAUCGUUAUAGUUAAAUGGUGUAACUUACUGUAAGUAUAUAAGGUACCAAUAUAAUCACUUGCAGUUUUUAAGGUUGGACAUAAGUUCAGCAGUCUUAUGGCUGAGCUGGUGAUCAUGAGAUUAUGAAUUACCUAAAAAAGGUAGUCUGGAACAUAUUGCCUAUGUAUAUUGACAUAAUCUGUGGUGAAACAUAUUUAAAAAAAAAUAACUGCACUCCAUUUGAGAAGUUAUUUUAUUAUAUGUAACACAUUUGAGAAGUAAACAAUUUUGUUAGAACUUUUUACCCAAAUAUGUAUUCAAAAAAUAAACUACUACUUAAGAUAGGGGAAUUAUAAAACGAGCGAUUAAAAAAACGCUUUGCGACUGAUGAUGACAUACUGUAUUAAUAACUUGGGCGGUAUGAAUUUGAGUAAGCGAAAAAUUAACUAAACUAACAACGAAUAUUGAUUCAUAAUAAAAUCCAGAACUAGCUUACAAAAAGUGGAUUGUGAUAAAUCCAUUUCAUAUAUUAAAAUUGUAUCCGAGACCGAUCCGUUGACACUCAAACAAAUAUUAAGUCGCUCAAAUAUUAUGAAGCUACUCAUUUUGUAUUUUAAGUAACUCAAAUUAAUGUUUGUAAGAUACUAUUCUGUCGAUUUUUCAUCACUUACAGUCAGUCGCUCACUUAGUAAUUAUAUAACCCAAAUUAAUUAAUUUUGAAACUUACAGUCACUCGUUUUAUUGCUACCCCUUAAAAUAAUUAUUUUAAUCCUUUGAUCAACUGUACUGCAUAUUUACAUAAAUUUUUAACCAUAUUUUAUUUUUAGACUCAAGCAUUUUAAAUAAAAUGCAUCAAGUAUCAAGAUUGUUUAUAAAUGCCUACACAAAAAGAGUAUAAAUAUUAAUAAACAAUUUUUUUUUCCAAAUUCGCCUUUUCUGCAGGUGGUUAAAUUGGUACACAAAAUACAGCAUCAAUGUAAAGGUUACUGCAUAAUAUUAGGCACUGUUAUAUUUAUACAAGACUUAUGUAUAAACAUUCCAUAUUGUGACAAUAAUUUAGUGGCAGUUUUUAAUAGAGUAUUUAAGUAUUCCAUUUAAUGUUUUCAUGCAUUUUUUUAUAGUACCCAGAUUUGUGAAUGCAAUUUCACUAAAUUAUAAUGGGGUUUUUAUGAAUUAAAAAAUGCAAAGUUGCAUAUGUUUGCACUAACUGUUUUGAUUAGAGAAAUAAAAACUCUCAAUAGUUUUUUAUCAGUUUUCUUUUAUUUGAAUCAUAGAAUUUGAGAUACCAAUUCAAUUAAUUUGGGGUAAAGUUUUAGUUGGGGUACCUUUAUACCCCUUGUGGGGUCCGUUUUUAUCUUAACUUGGGUCACAGUAGCCUUAAUAGGUCAUAUCAUUCCAAUUGGGGUCUUAGCUUGGAUACUAAGGGUAAAAUAUACCCUUUUGGGUAAAAAUAACCUUUAUUUUAUCAUAAACUGUAUAUUUUUUCUUCUAUGGCUUGAGUUUUUAAUCUGUUAAUAGCAAUAACUUGAUUGUUAAACUUACUGUUAUAUCUUAACCAUCACAAAUAAACGCUAUAUAUUAUAUAGGACCAGUAUUAAGUUACAGUGCCUUUUGUAAUAUUUAAUAAAUUUUAUAAGCUA